CAGCAGCAGUGUGUUGCCCGGCAGGAGGAGAAAGGAUCCCCGCAGCAGAAGCAGCAGCCGCAGCGGUCUCCUGGCUCAUUCACCUGCCGCUGUAGGUGGAAGACAGGCGGAUUUAUACGUUUUGCCUGCGGGACUCUGCAGUAACACCAGCUACUGUACAGUUGUGCUGUCUAUUUAUUUAUUUAUUUAGUCUUUUUGUGUGGAGGGGACCGGUUCGUGUUGCCAGGGAAGACAAGGUCCGAGCAGCCAUGAGAGUUCAUCCCCCGUCUGACAGAUCCUUCCACACCCACUUCUGACACAACCGGAUUUAGUAAACCAAAGAUGUCAGCGUGCAGCGACUUUGCAGAACACGUGUGGAAACCCGGCUCUUGUAAGAACUGCUUCCACCCACUUAGUGCGCACAAGACUGUCGGCGGCCUGGGUGGCAGCGCGCCGGUCGCCUGUUUGAAGAGCAGCCUGGGAGGCGAUGAAGAAACUGGAGUAACGACGCUCUCACCCUACAGCAAGCCAACCAUCGCUGUCAAACCCACUAUGAUGAGCCUUGACACCAACGAGUCAACUGAUGUCAACAUGAACAUAGAGCAGGAGAACACAAAGAGCCCAGUUGAGCGUUUGGGAUUGAAGAAGCUCUUUGACCUGUCUUCUCUUUAUAUCGAUAGUAAUGGCUGCAACAAGGCCCAUAGAGAUGCAGUUCAGAGUCCUGAAACCAAGAUGGACUACAACAACUCCUUUACUUUUUCUCCCUUGUCCCCCAAUAUCCUCCCGAAAGACUCCAUGAUUAUCGGCAAUAUCUUUGUGACUCAGGAAGAGGGAAGAGGUUCUCAGAGUUUAAAGAAAAAUACCAAUGGAGAAAACCGAAAGCAGCAGAGUAUUCCGUCUGGUAUUAGAACCACGAGCACUUACAACGCAAGUACUGUGACUACAAGGGACGCCCGUCAGGGGUCUGUGGAGAUCCGUUCGCCAGUGGGCUUUGUCCCUACCAGUCCUACCACAGUUUACAGCAAUGGUACAAUCAGUGGGAGUACUACUCCUGUUACCACUAAGACUGCCAGCACUUGUACCACUUUCCCAAACUUGACUUUAAGCGUGGACACCCCAAGAUACAGCCCCCCUUCAACCCUCCACUCUGUUCCCAUCCUGUCAAAACAGACCAGCCUAUCGGACUCAUCGUGUUCUUAUCGCAGUAGUACAGACUCACUUCCUGGGGCAGAGGGGUCGGGAGGAAGACAUGUCAGGCCAGGGAGCCCCCAAAGUCCACCAGCCGUGAGUAGCCCACAAUCACCGCCCAACUCUGCCAAUGAUCAGUCGGACUCAGAACCCAUUUAUGCAGAGAGCACCAAGAAAAAGCGCAGGCCGCAAGAAAAUGGGCUGCAAUCACAAUCCGAGUCCCCAAAUCAAAGUAAGAAACUGUCCUGCUCUGAGCCUGAGCUUUCAGGAGAGAGCCAACGGGCCACCAUCACUGUAAUGGCCGCUCACACCGAGGAGAACAACAGGACUUUUUACCUGAGCAGCCCAGAUUCAGCCGUCAGCACCCAGUGCCACUUUAGCCCCACAGCACGUAAAGACCCCAGCAGCCCAGCCUUCCGCUGGCCCAGUCCCAGCCACAGUGCGCCAUCUCUGGUCACAGAAGCCAGCCUCAGCCCCACUCUCCAUCCCAAGCCUCAGUCUAGUCCACCAAUUCCGCCAAAGAGAACCAACCGCUCCCCCAAACUGGGCACCUCUAGCCUCUCAUCCUCCAUGUCCUCUCCUGUCCCCUUCCCUGAACUCCCACGACUAGGCACCUCCAGCCUCUCGUCGUCCAUCUCAUCUCCCGUCCCUCUCCCUGAGCUUCCCAUGCUUUUCCUCGUCUCUGCUAGAGAGGGACACUUCAAGGUUCAUACAGAGCACCACAGCGCUGCAUCCGAACGCUGGCCCAAGCCGCACCACCACAAUUCUGGCUGGAACUGCUGCAUUAAGGAAGAAGAGGAGGAUGAGGAGAGAGAGCGGAAAGAGGGUGAGAAGAAGAAGCUGGCCAGCAAUUCGGUUACAACCUCUCGGGUGACAGACCUGGUCAAUGGUGCCGCUGUCUGGAAGGAAGCCAGGGACUGGAAGGCCCACAGCAGCCCCCCUCCGAUGACAGAGCCAAGCACGGCCCCCCCAACUCCCCCCAACAAUGGUGCCUGUCAGAGGAAGGCUGGAGGCAUCGAUGCAGAGGAGGAGGGCAAGCAUAACGGGAGCAUGCCAGCCAAGCAACCGUUGCAUGGCAGCUCUGAUGAGCUGCUGGCCCCCGGGAAGGAAAUUGCCAAUAAUGAGGCCAAUCCACCUCCUCCCCCACCGAAGAAACUGCACAGAGUGUCAAGUAAGAUGAGUGGCAGCAACAUGGAGCUGGACCGCUGCAGCCAACAAGGGUCAGCAGAGAGCACUGCUUCAUCACCAUGGGGACUGGGCAGUGCCAGCCUGCCCACAGCCUCCACUGACAAUCUGACUGCUGACACUGAUUUUCGGGAUGCUGCACGGAGGUCUUGUUCCUCUCCAUUUGCCAGAAGUCCAGCAGCGUCAGCUCCAGGGUCUCCUCUCCCACCCUCGCUCAGCAGCUUGAGUAACCUGCCACCGCCGCUCCCGGAGAAGAAGAUGGUCAACCGCACCGUGUCGGCUCCAGACAGCACAAACGGAAAGCCCUUUGUCCGAGCCUACCCGCGCCUCCCAUUCACUGGCUCAGAGAGCAAUGUAUGUCGCCCCGCUGACAUUAGCUCCCGCUCCAGUCUACCGUCCAGCCCUGUUGACCCGCGGCCCGUUUUCUCCUCCAACGAGUCUCUGGAGCGGUGUCACGCCCCGCUAGGCCGACCCCUGAAGUCCCGGACACUGGACGAGUCACUGAAGAGUCACGGUCGCCUGGGCGUCCACUGUCGAAGCAGCGUCACCUGCUCCUCUUCCCCUCAGCUCAGCGUGCCCUUCUCCUCGCCCUCAGAACAGGGUCCGGCAGCAAAUUUGGGCUCCAGCCUUCAGCUCCAGACGCUGCUGAGUAACAUCGACAGCAGAGAGGGAGUGUACUCCAAACUGGGAGGCCUGUAUGCAGAGUCUCUCCGGCGCUUGGCUCUGAAAUGCGAGGAUCACUUCACCCGCUCCCAGAGGAACCCGCUGAGGUUUGAGGAGAGCAACUGGUCACUGUUCAGACUCACGUCCAACAAGCCAAGCUGCAACGCAGGAGACGCUGUGUACUUCUCUGCUGCCUGUGCGUCAGACCCCAGCCGCUCCUACGCUGUGAAGAUCUGUAAGAGUCCGUCCGCGGAGGCCAAGCAGGGCCAUCUCUACUGUCUGUCGGUGCAGCAGACCAUGCCUCCCCACUUCAACCUCCAGCAGGACUGCGGACACUUCAUCGCUUGUGUUCCCCAGAGCAUGCUGCCCUCUGAGGAAGUGUCCCUGCGCACCGCCCCGGCUCCGUCGCCUCCUCAGUCGUCCACAGCUGCGCCGGGCCAGCAGGAAGACCGAGAGCGAGUGGUGGUCAUCACCUCGGAGAUCCCCCAGCAGACGGCAGCUGACUUCGCUCGCGAGUGGCAGGCGUUCCACAAAACUCAGCCGGAGGUCUACGAGCGCCGCGUGUGCUUCCUCCUCCUGCAGCUCUGCAACGGCCUGGAGCACCUGAAGGAGCACGGGGUCACGCACCGCGACCUCUGCCUCGAAAACCUGCUGCUGGUGCCUCAUCAUCGCAGGCCCUCCCAGUUCUCCCAGCACACCCACAACAACAACAGCAACGGCAUGAAUGGUCCCAGUGGUGUAGACAAUCAGCGCCACCUUCCCCGGCUCCUCAUCAGCAACUUCGCCAAGGCCAAGCGGCGCUCCUCCGAGGACGCCGCCUCCACCAACGUGGACCCUCGCACCAAACGCAGCCACGCCCGGCUGGCACCCGAGAUCGUCUCCGCAGCCCAGUACCGGAAGUUCGACGAGUUCCAGACGGGCAUCUUGAUCUACGAGCUCCUCCACCAGCCCAACCCGUUCGAGGUGAGCCCGGCGCUGAAGGAGCAAGACUACCGCUGCGAGGAGCUGCCCCCCAUCCCCCCCGUCUCCCUCUACUCCGCCGGCCUCCAGAGGCUGGCCCAGCUGCUGCUCCAGCCCGACCCCAUCAAACGAAUCCACAUCCAGGAGGCCAAGCGCAUCCUGCAGAGCCUGCUGUGGGGCCCCAGGAAGGACCUGAUGGAGCAGCAGGUGGAGAGACAGGGGCAGGGGGGGGGCUUCGUGGACGGGUCGCGACACGAGGGCCUCCUCAACUGGCUGGACGUGAAGCGAGCGCUGCUGAUGAUGAAGUUCGCCGAGCGCUCGCUGGAGCCCGAGAGGAACGCGGAGCUGGAGGACUGGCUGUGCUGUCAGUACUUCUCCUCGGCUCACCCUCUGUCUCUCUGCCACACCGCUGAACUGCUCUACUCACUGAAGUAGCCGCUCGUUUUCAGGACUAGAGAAGCGUGUGUACGUGGAGAUAAGUGGUUUGAGAAAGACCGGCAAUGAUCAAGUUAACGUCUCGGCAUCCAGAAAGUUGGAUCCUGAGGAGAUACUGUGAAAACCACCCGCCCAGUUUGUGUUAUUACUAAACGCACGAGAGCCGUGUCUCUUACUCGCCGUCCACUCGGAACUUUUGAACAAAACGAUAUCCUGCCACAGACUCGACCUGACGAAGAAAUGAGGUGCACGGUCACAGAGAAAUGGACGAAAUAGCAAAAACACUCACUUACCGACUAGAAUCACUGAUCAAUUAAAACGAUAGAAAAGGAAGAAUGUGGACAGUUUUCAUAAUCCUGUAAUACACUUACCAAAGUUUCAUGUUUGACACUGUAUUUUGUAUUUAUUAAAUAUGGAUUGAGGCAUUUUCACCCCUGGACACAGGCUAAAGAUUCAUAACCCUAUUCUCUGUCAGCUGACUUUUCAAAGUUAUGCUGCGUCCGGUCUCAGUGUGCAGCUAAUCACUUUUUAUUUGCCCGACAUCCUAAUAAAAAUUUGAGGCCCCUAGCAGACUGUAAGUGCUGCACCACAGAUUAAUGCCCGUUCCUCCGUGGAUACACGUUUAUUAGUUGGAGUGAUCAAGGCUGAUCUGUUCGUCAGUGUGUGUUUUACCUCAGGCCUUGUUAGACAGCUGUGCGGAGCAAAUGGACUCAGCAUAAAUUAAUGAUAAACUGUCUCAACACAAAUAAUUCUCAACGUCAGUCGUUUUCCUUCCACCGCACGGACGACGCCCGGUUUUCCUCCUCACGUUUACUUUUUGUACACAUUUUAAUGUUUUUGACAUUUUGUCACAGUGCCUUUUUGUUCUUUGUAUAUGUUACAGUGAGAUCGGACGCCACCUGUAAAUACGGCCGAUGGUUAUUGUCUUUUUCGGUGAAACUGGCCUUUCACAGAAUGCUCGAGAGACAACGUUGUACAGUUUAUUUGUAGUUGAUACGAGAAGAAAAAACGAGCCCAGGCAAAAGCAGGUCUUAAAAAGAAAAACAGCCAUGAACAUGAGCAGUUAAAAAGAUAUUUAUGAUAUAAUUUGUUUUCCUGUAGUCGUCACUGGAAUUUCUGUGUUUAUUUUCUUAUGAGGAUGAUCGAGUAGUUGUUUUUUCUUCUUCUGCUGUUUGUCCCGUGCAGGCUGCAGAGAAAGCUUCAAGUUACAGGCUUUUUUUUUUAUCUCAAACAAACAUUUUUUCCUUUACGUCCAGAGUGAUGUGACUUGAAUCGUGUGAUAUUUCUCAUGUUGAAGAGAGAAAAGAAAAAAAGGGUCUGAUCUCACAACUAAUACAUUAUUAGUGAUUUGAAUUCUUUUGUGUGUGCCUCGCUUAUUUGCAUCUAUCAAUAAACUGUGCAUAUAUUUUCUCACAGUAUAA